UAAGCCCUUCCAUGGUUCCCCUGCUUCUCCGAAAAGGGGGAGGGGCUUCUUCCGGAUUAUCGCCAUAUUCGAGACUUCGGAGCUUCCGUUCUGAUGCUGCUUUGGAAGCCAUAGCCAGAGCUGCGGAACAGAGAGUUCCCAAUGUGGUGCUUUACAACUAUCCCUCAUUCUCUGGCGCAUUCUCGGCCCUCUUCGCACACUUGUUUCAUACUCGUCUUCAUCUCCCUUGCCUCGUUUUGCCUUUCUCUUCCGUCGCGCCUCUCAGGAUUGAUGAUUUAUAUGUUGAAGGGCUUGAGCGAUGCUAUUUUCUUGACUUCUUGGGUCCGAAGGGAUUUGCUGCCACCAUUUCACGGCGACCCACAUGUGAGGUCCUAUGUUUCGAUCACCGUAAAUCAUCACUUCCACAGAUUAUCCCUACAGAAUAUCAGACUAAGAAUACGUCAAUUCAUGUAAAUCUCGAGAAGAGUAGCUCUGCAGCUGUGUAUGAAUAUUUCUCCACUAGACUUGUAGAUAUGGAAACUCCUUGUGGCUCUGUUGCAGACCUUCUAGAACCGAAAGAUAGAAGUCGAGUUGAAAUGGUUCUCAAGUACAUUGAGGAUGGGGAUCUCCGAAGGUGGAGCUUACCUGGUAUUAGGGCAUUCAACAUUGGGCUCAGUGAGUGGCGAUCAAAAUUGAACUGUAUCACUAACCCAUACAUGUAUGAACAGCUGCUAGAGAUGAAUUCUUUGGAAUUAAUUGCCAAGGGAAAUGACUUUAUUGCGUCUUGUGAUAAUGCUGCAAACAAAUUCCUAGACAAGACUUUCAAAAUUCGUCUGGGCAGGGGACUUUAUGGCGAGUGCCUGGCAGUAAGAGCAGAUGGCAGUUCCAACUUGAGCGAUGAAAUUGGGAAGCAACUAAGUAUGAGAAGUGCUGCAGCUGGUUUGAGGCCUAUAGGAGCUGUAAUAUACAUGCAACGAAACAAUCUUAAAAUGUGCUUGAGGACUACGGACGGUGCUACCGACACAUCUGAGGUCUCCAAAGCCUAUGGUGGUGGGGGUUCGCCAAGGUCGAGUUCUUUUACGAUCAGGAUGGACGAGUACAAUAGGUGGCGAUCGUUUUGAGGUUUGUGAUUCUACACCUCAAGUUUCCUCAAAAUGGUGCAAAUACUAGAAAAGAGCUCCGUUGGAUAACAAUUUUGUUUUGUUUUUUUGCUUAUUUAUCUACAACCUAUGUUUUGUUA